AUGGCAGAGGGAGGUUACAAACAUAUGAAAGUAAAACAUGGACAACAGAAGUUUGUACUUCCUUACAGAUCAUAUGAUGAGUUCGUUGACAAGUGCAAGACAAAAUUUGGAAUUGAACAGAACAAAGAUGUUUUCUUUAUGCUUCCUGGUGAUGAUGCUGAGUUAGAUCCCGACUGCGUUAAUGAUCUUUCAAAUAACCAAACUUUACAGAUUAGUAUUAGAGCUAAAGAAAGCAAAUCCAAUGAUCAGUCAAAUACGGGAUUAGAUUGUUAUGAUGAAAGCAUUUACAAGACAGCCAGCGAUGAAGAUGAAGAGGAAUUUAAGGAACACAUGUGGUUUAAAUGGGGAGAUUGGUCCGCUCUGAAAAACCAUUUACAACAAUAUGGAACAAAAAACAUUGCGGAGCUUCUAGAAGACAGCUUAGAGGGCUGGAAAAGAGAACCAGUUCAUAUAGCUAUUACUGGACAAAGCGGAAAAGGAAAGUCUAGUCUUAUCAAUGCAUUUUUGGGAUUAACGGAAGUAGACGAUGGGGCAGCCCAAGUUGGAGAAAAGGAGACAACCGCAGAAUGUAAACAAUACAACCAUCCUAGGUAUGAAAAUAUAGCCCUUUGGGAUAUACCAGGAUGCGGAACACAAAAUUUUCCCAAGCAAUCGUAUAUGAAGUCCAUAAAUGCCGAUCGAUAUGACUUUUUUCUGCUUGUUUCAUCUGAAAGAGUUCACCAACUCGAUAUUUGGCUUGCACAGAAAAUACUGAAGCGUAAAGGUUCUGGUAAGUGUUAUUUCGUUAGGUCAAAAGUCGAUAUUGACAUGGACAAUCGUUCAAAACGGCAUAGGCUUAAAGGUGGGACUUGGACAAAUACAGAAUUGUUUCAAAAAUUCAGGGUAGAAGUCAAAACAGACAUUCAAAAGGCACUAGGUGAAGACUGUCUCAUUCAAUUAUUUCUGCUUUCAAGUCAUUUUCCAAAUAAAUAUGACUUUGGAGAGCUUCAGCUCCGAUUACUUGAAGAUGCACUUACAUCAAAGAGAUGCUCUUUAGUUUUUGGAAUGAACGGGAUAACAGAGAAAUUGUUAGAAUACAAAGUUAAAACACUUCGCUCUCGCCAAUCGCAUAUUGCAUUACUUUCAUUUUUUUCAAGAAAUGCAAACAGGGAGCAGCUCUUUCGAUGCGAUAUUGACUACAUCAAAUCUGAAAUCAUGCUUUACCAGGAGCAACUGUCCCUUGACCAGAGAGGUCUAGCGUUUAUGGCUUCUUUGAUAGGGGAACGACCUGAAGUCAUAAGAAAAAACGUUGAAUUUAAAACUGUUAUUCCAGCCUCAACAGAUAGUUUAAUUCAAACUUUAAAUGUGCUGUACCACAAAAGACAUGAAAGUCGACCAUUUCUGAUGAAAUUGAAACAAUUCUGUACCGAUAUAGACAUAACUGCAGUGGCUACCAUUGAAACUUUUCUUAAUGAACAGUUGCAGAAUGCCAUAAAAGACUCAGAGAGCUUGGUAAAAUUUAUAAAGACAAGGAAAGAAAACCAGGCAGUGUAA